UCGCUACUACCAUAUGACUUUUCUACAAGACGCGAAAAAAUUACAUAUAAUUUAGGGAAUUCAAAGUAAGUUUUAGUACACUUGUACUCUAUAUGGAUCUGUUAUUUCCAAUAAGUACGAUUCAGGAUUUAAAACCGCAUCGGAUCGAUGUUGUAACAGCGCCCAAAAUGGCGGGCAUCCCGGUGGAAUUCGAUGAGACAGUAGUCAAUCAGUUUAGCUGCAAACGUUGCGACCGCACGUUUAAAAGUAAACGCGAUCAAACGCUCCAUCGCCAGGAGGUGCACAAUCAUAACAAAACUACCUACGAAUGCAAACUGUGCGCCAAAAAUUUCUGCAACAGCGGCAAUCUGGAUCGCCACAUGAAGGUCCAUAACGAUGUGCGUCCCUUUGUAUGUAACAUAUGCUCGAAGGCGUUUGCACAGGCAGUCAACCUGCAGCGACACUAUGCCGUACACAGUGGCGAGCGUCCAUAUCAGUGCACCUUCUGCAAUAAAUCCUUUACCCAGCAAAGCAAUAUGAAACGCCACAAAAUGACACACACGGGCGAGAAGCCGUUUCGAUGCCAGCGCUGUGGCCGCUACUUCUCGCAAUUGGUCAACCUCAAGAAGCACAAGCUGGGCCAUUUGAAUGCCAAACCGUAUCAGUGCAACUAUUGUGAGAAGGGCUUUACACAGCUCUCCAAUUUCAAGCGUCAUCUGCAGUCACACAUAAAAGAGGGCGUCGAUGUCGAUGUGGCCGGUGCAAUACAACAGGCAACGGCUCUAGCACGGGAGCGUCUAGAGGCCGAGCAGAAACCUAGCUUCUUUGAAUGCAUGAUUUGCCGUGCCAUUUUCGAAACAUUUGGCGACUAUGAGAAGCAUGAGGGCAAGUGCCAUGUCGAUCAUGAACGCUCCCAGAUAGAGGUUAAUCAAAUGUCGCAUAUGCAUGCGGAUGACUACUUGCCGAUGAAGUUUUCGGUGCCCGAUCUGGAUACGCACGAGAUCAUUAUUGAGACUACACAUUAAUGCUAUAUACCGAUACCUACACCAACACCUACAAACACACCAAUACACACACUCACAACACAAGGUCAAAUACAGC